UGGACUGAAAUUUGAUACAGACAGUGAAGGUUGUGAAAUGAGCUUUACCGCAAGGAAAAGACAAGAAGAUGAAGAGAAUUGUGCUGUCCUCUGGCAGAACUUGACGAUAGACAGAAAAGAUUUGUUUACCUGACGGGCAGUAUCAUGUCAGGUAAUAAUCUACAGAAGUCUACAGAUCUGCCAGACUCUUCAGAAGCAACUCAAACCAUCCUUAUAAGAACAAAGAAACUGUUUAUUACUGGCUUGUCGUUUUAUACGUCAGAGAAGACUCUACGAGCAGCAUUUGAAGGCUUUGGUGAGCUUGUUGAAGUUAAAAUUAUAAUGGACAAAAUUUCUAAAAGAUCCAAAGGCUACGCAUUUAUAGAAUACACUACAGAGGAGGCUGCUAGUGCAGCACUCAAAGAAAUGAAUGGCAAGAUCAUUAAUGGGUGGAUGAUAGUGGUUGAUGUUGCCAAAAGUAACCCACCAAGAUACAGCAGAGGCAGUCCCACAUAGGAAUUCUUGUGAGAGAGAGAGAGAGUAUGUAGCCACUGCCAUCAAAGUAAGGCAAGAAUUUCAUGCUAUUGCGCUCAAGGUGUUGGGCUAUUCUGCAAACCAGGCACUUCAAUUUUGUACAUUGAGUACCUGCAAGAGAUCUUGUUUGCCAAUCAGUAGGAUUGUGAAAAGACUGUUGCAUCAGCAUUGUGGGAUAAAAAUGUAGUAUGCAUCAAUCAAUACUAUUUUUUUUUAAUUGUAAAUUCAAGAAAGCUCAGACAGUUUAUGAAAACAAAAACGAUUAUCAUGUAAAGUGCAUCUAAGAGAAAAACUUGGGUUUGAGACAUUUGAAUUGCCAAAUUUUAAACCACUCUUUCUAGGUUUGUUUCAUGUGUAACUUUUCUAGCGGUUUCUUUUUGAUCAUUUGAUCCUUGCUGGAAAGAAAGACAUGUAUAUUGCCAUUAUGAGAGAAUUUGAAUGGAAAUGACAUCACUGUUAAAUAGUGAUACUUUUUUU